CAUUCUCCCUCACUCGACGUCGACCAAUCCCCGACCUCAUUCUUCCUCUCUCUCCCUCCUUUCUGUCCAGAUCCUUGCAGAUUUCGCCAUGGAGUUCACUUUGACAAGCACCGCCACCGAGGUGCUGGACAAGGCUGCCGCUCUCGCGGCUGCCGGCCUCGGCUUGGAAGGAGAAGCUCUCGGUGCUUGGGGGACCGAGGAGAAGGCGACGGCGAUCCGACGCUGGGCCAAGAAGCUUUCGGAGAUGGAAAAGGCUGCUGCCCCCGUCCCUCCUGAGGUCGCUGGAUCGGUUCCUCGCGCAGAGGAGAUCGGAUCGGACGUCAAUCACGUCGGCGACGUGAAACGCGACGGCGUGGAUCCCUCCAUCUCCGCGGCCGUGAAGGAUUCAGCGGUUAACUAGGAUAGGCAUGCAAUAGCGAAUUGUGCUGUUCCAGAUUUAUCAUAGCUCGUUUACUUUUCUUCAAUUCCAGGAAUCCAGUUUCGUUUAAUUUUCUUCAAUUCCAGUUUCGUUGUAGCGCAACUAUCAUGUACUAUCUUUUUGUAUCAUGGAUUCGAUGAAGAUCCACCAGGAAAUUUGUCUAAAGUUAUGCUAGCAGUUGUUACUCUCGUGCUUAA